AUGCCUAUUGCUGUACCAUUUUUAACUGGUAGUAGACAACUGUCCAUUGAAUUGGCAGAACCCGUUGUUCUGCUGAGGGGCCCUCCGUCUGAUCCUACAACGCAUGUGCUUAGAGGUGAAGUGGAACUCAUGUUGUCUAGACCAAUGACUGCCAGUCAAGUCCUCGUCAAGUUGGUUGGAAAAUCAAACAUGCUAUGGCCUGAAGGCUUGGGAAACAGAGGAUCCAAAGUGUACCAUGAAAAGACCAUUUUGGAUCAGAACAUUAUACUGGACAAUAGGCCUGAGGAGGACCAAAUGUUGCCCGCUGGCUUGAACCGCUGGCCAUUCGAAUUUCUGAUACCCAAUCGAAUGGUCGAAACCAUUGAAGAUGAAAUGGCUCAAGUCUACUAUUUUGUCUCUGCAACUGUUCAGAGACCUGGUUUAGGCAUCCCCAACCUCAGAUGUCGUCGCAAUAUCCUGCUGCUUCGGACGCUCUCCUGGUCUGAUGAUGUGAUAGCAUCUCAUGCGCUUCCAACAACGUCCAUCGUUGCCGAAAGAAAGACUGACGCUUGCGAUGCCACCAUCUACAUUGAAAAGUCGAUCGUAUCGUCUGGAACGCAGUUCCCCAUCUCCAUUGUACUCACAACGCAAAUGAAGAAUGUCAGCCUUGAAGCCAUCAACGUUACCUUGACGGAGAAGCGACUCUAUCAAGUGCCUGAAUAUAACGCACGGAGAGCUGAACUGCACGAUUUCAAGCUACAGGUGACGUCUGUUACUGACAUGACGGAUUCUGAGCAGUUGAGUCAAGCCAUGAUUCCUUCCUCUGAUAUACCUCUUCAGCAAAUUCGCAGAGUUCUCAGCGCCAAAAAUGCUCACAUCCCUUUAGGAAGCAAUCCGUUUCAAUACAAAUUUAUGUUUACACUGCCAAACUGCCUGACGCUCAACCACACAACCUAUUUUAAGGAGAUGAACUUUUUACACCACCUGAAGAUUGACAUUGAGCUGUCUGUACCUUCUACUGCCGUCAAACCCAAUUGUGAGCCAUCCUCGAGCGGCGCGCCACCUGAGAUGGUAAAUACAAUUGAAAGAACUCACAUUCAUCUAGAGACUCCUAUCACCAUUCUGGAUUGUCGCUUGAAGGAGGACUUUACUACAUUACCCACCUAUCAAGAGUCUAUGUCUGAUACUGCUGUCAACGAAGAAGAUGCAGAAGACGUGCUCAAGAAGCGAGCAGGCUUUUUUAUCUGCCCUUGUUACGUUGACUACAAAAAGAAGAGCAGCAAGCUGAACGGCAAAGAAAGAAUGAUGAUACGCCAGAAUAAUGGUUUCGAGUCUUCACCAUCUAGCCGGAGCUCAAGCACUGAGAACUUGCUCCUACCCCCUCCUCCUCCCUACAACAAAUAA